AUGAGCGCCGAAGAGACCAGCGAUGAAGAUGACGUGAAGGAAGAGAAUCUUCUUAUGAAAACUAUUCUUUUGCAUCAAACUGUUAUGUUUUUGGCUGCGAAUCCACUCAAUGAUCCAGAAGCUCUGCUGAGAAGAUGCCACGAUUUUAUGGAGGAAGCUCAGAACCGCUUUGAGUUAGCUACCAUAGAAAAAGCAGCCAGAUUAAUACUGGAGUUGGCUGACAUUGUUGGCAAAAGUGGUAACAGUGAUAACAUAACCGACAUGGCGGUGAAUGUAGCAGAAGAUGUGAUCAAGCGUGUUGAGUCUGUUAGACGUCGACCAAUAUCCACAACAUCACAACUGCUCAACCAUCUCUCUGCACAGUGCGGAUUCGUGAAAGUAAGUUUGAACAUUCUGUUUUCUGGGGUAUAA